CACGACGGCGUUUCCUCUUUCUUGUUCGAGAGACUGCCAACCAAAGCAUACACGAGAAGCAGCAGAACUGUUUCUGGCACUCGAAUGCUCCGAAUUUUCUCAUCUCUCCGAUCCAAAGAACCUUAUUACAAACGGGUUCGCGCAAUUCCCAAAAUCAGUUAUUUUUCCAGUGAAGCUUUGGUUGAGAACCCACAAGAACCUUCGUCUUCAGAAGCAAGUCACACCCACGAAGACUUAUCUUCACUUAGAUUCUCCGCCAUUGCUGAAACUGUGAUAACGAAGUGUUCACACCUUUGGGUUACCAAUAAAGGUGAGGGGUUUUCCAGUUUUUCACUUAAAGAUCACUUAUUGAGACUAUCUAAUAUAUCUCCUGAGGUUAUACGUCGAUUUUGGAGAGUUUCUGUGCUGAAACCUCAAGAUGUUCUUGAGAUGUUGCUGGGUUUUGAAUCUUGCAGAGGGAAGUACGAGGUUGAGGUUAGAAAGGUCGAGUCUUUAUGGGGAGUUUUCAAGUGGGCAAGUGAGCAAAAUGGGGAGUUUGAACAUUGUCCUCGGUCUUGUAAGAUCAUGGCUGCAAUGCUUGUGCAGGUUGGGUUUUUUAAGGAAGUUGAGUACUUGUUAUCAAGAAGGGAGAGCCGAGGAGUUCUGUUGGAUUGUCAGGAAGUUUUCAGUAAUUUGAUUGAAGGAUAUGUGGGGGAGUUUGAAUUAGACCGGGCUGUUUCAGUUUAUGGGAGAAUGAGACGGUUGUCUUUAGUGCCAUCAAUGUCAAGUUAUCGAGCUGUUCUUAAGUAUUUGGUCGAGUUGAAUGAAAUAAAGUUGAUGCAUUAUGUUUAUAUGGAUGCAAUCAAGAUGGGAAUGGGAGGGAUUGUAGAAGAGAGUGGCAUCCAUGAGAAUGUUAUUCGGUUGCUUUGCAUGGAUGGAAAGGUUCAGGAAGCAAGAGAUCUUGUUAGGAAAGUCAUGAAUUAUGGAAUUCAACCGAGUAAUUUAGUUGUUAAUGCAAUUAGUUGUGGGUAUUGUGACAAGAAGGACUAUAGUGAUUUGUUAAGUUUCUUUGUUGAAGUCAGGAUUGUACCUGAUAUUGUUGUUGGGAACAAGAUUCUGUUUUCAUUAUGCAGAAGCUUUGGUGUCGAGCAAGCAUGCAUGUAUUUGCAGAAAUUGGAGGAAUUGGGUUUUUGCCCUGAUGAAAUAACUUUGGGGAUCUUCAUUGGUUCCAGUUGUUCCCAAGGGAAAUUGAAGGAUGCUUUCUUUUACAUCUCAGACAUUUUGUCAAGAGGCCUCAAGCCGCAUGUAUACUCUUACAAUGCUCUCUUAAGUGGGAUGUUUAAGGAGGGCAUGUGGAAGCACUCUCGAGAUAUACUUGUGGAAAUGAGCGAAAUGGGAGUAACUCCGAAUUUGUCCACCUUCAGAGUUCUCUUAGCAGGAUUUUGUAAAGCUAGACAAUUUCAUGAAGUUAAGGCAAUCGUCUGUCAGAUGGCAGAGCAUAACCUAGUAACACUCUCAUCAUCGGAAGAUCCAUUAACCAAAGGAUUCAUGCUCUUGGGGUUCAGCCCAUUGGAUGUGAAGAUUAGAAGGGACAAUGACAAGGGAUUUUCUAAAACUGAGUUUUUCGAUAAUCUUGGCAAUGGACUCUAUUUAGACACAGAUCUUGAAGAGUAUGAGAAAAAAAUUGCUCAGAUUCUUGAUGACGCCAUGAUGCCUGACUUCAAUUCCUCUAUAAUAGAGAAAUGUCAUAGUCUGGAUAUAAAAAGUAGUCUAACAAUGUUAGAUGAGAUGGCAAGGUGGGGCCAAGCAAUUUCUUUGCCCGCCUUGUCUUCCUUAUUGAAUUGCCUCUGCGGAGCUCCCUUCAGUAUCGAAACCAUUAACCACCUUUUGGGGAUUAUGGCCAAAUCUACGUAUCAGCUUGAUCAAAAGACUUUAAAUAUGCUUGUUCAGGCUUACAGCAGAAAGGGAUUUACUUUCAGUGCAAGGACCCUUUUGGAUGGGAUGGUGCGAAGAGGUUACAGAGUUGAAAACAGUACAUACACUGCUCUGUUGUUUGACAUAUCCAAGAGAGGCGAUUUGAGAAGCCUCCGUUACUGCUGCAAGCUGGCACAGAAAUCUAAUUGGUCACCUGAUGCGAAGGAUGGCAAGGCCCUUCUGAGUUAUCUGUGCCAGAACAAAUGGUUGAAUGAGGCACUGGAACUAUUUGAAACCAUGCUCUUUGCCACCCCUUAUAAUAUAUCCAACACUUUUCACUCAUUACUUGGAGAGCUUUGUUGUCAAGGGUUCACUAGUACUGCUCAUGUUCUGCUGGAGGAAUUUUCAAAUCAAGCCACAUUAUUGGAUCACAUGGCUUAUAGUCAUCUUGUUAGUGGGUUUUGUGAGGAGAAAAGGUUCACAGAUGCCUUAAAAAUGUUUGACACUAUGAUUUCUAAGGACUUAUCUCCACCUCUUGAUGCAUCCAUUCGGUUGAUUACUCAGCUGUGCAAGAACCAAAACUAUGAGAAAGCUGUUGAGUUGAAGAAUCUAUACUUGAGGGAUCAACCUUCAGCCCUUCUUCCUAUGCAUUGUGCUUUGAUUAAUGGGUUCUGCAAGUCAGGAAGGGUUGAAGAAGCCGCUGGUCUAUUCAAGGAAUUAUCAAUGAUGGGCUUAAUACCAGAUGUUAACGUAUUUAACUCUUUACUUGAAGGCUAUUGUGGAGUGAAUAACUUGAAUAAAGUUAAAGAGCUUCUUGGUGUUCUGAUAAGGAAGAGCUUAAGCAUCUCUAUUUCUAGUUAUAGCAGCAUAGUUCGCCUGAUAUGCGCAGAAGGGAAGUUCCCUCUUGCUUUGAGCUUGAAACAGCUUAUGCUUCAUGUAACUUAUCUUCAGGAGCUUGUUCUGUAUAAUAUUCUGAUAUUUCACUUUUCCGCAACGCAGGACUCUUUGUUAUUGAAUGCUGUAGUCGAUGCAGUCCAAAAGAGCGAUCUGCAGUUUGAUGAAGUUACUUACAAUUUUGUUAUUCGAGGAUUCUUGUUAUGUAAUGACAUAUCACGUUCGCUUCACUAUCUGACAACUAUGAUAAGGCAAGAUCUUAGGCCAAGUAACCGUAGUUUACGAGAAGUUAUCACAUGCCUUUGCCAUAACCAGGAGCUCAGUCUGGCCUUGAAUUUGAGUAGAGAAAUGGAAUUAAGAGGUUGGGUUCAUGGUUCAGUCAUUCAGAACAACAUUGUUGAGGCACUUCUCUCUAAUGGUAAUCUCCAUGAAGCAGUAGAAUUUUUGGACAGAAUAGCAUCAAAAGAUCUGAUUCCCGAUAAAAUAAUGUAUGAUUACAUAAUCAAGCAGUUUUAUCAGCAUGGUAGACUCGAUAAAGCAGUUGAUCUUCUGAACAUCAUGUUGGUGAAGGGAAGCCACCCUGAGUCCACCAGCUAUGAUUAUGUUAUCCAAGGUUUCUGCAAGGGCCAUAAGUUGGAUGCAGCUCUUAAUUUUUACACUGAGAUGUUGAAUAGAGACCUAAAACCAAGUACAGUCACUUGGGACAUUCUUGUUCGCAGCUUAUGUGAACACGGUCGUGCGCAAGAAGCAGAAACGGAACUUAAAACGAUGAUCGAGUUAGGUGAAACUCCAAGCCGAGAAGCUUUUCAGUCAGUGAUUAAUAGGUAUCGGUCUGAAAUGAACACUGGCAAGACUUCUGGACUCUUGAAAGUGAUGCAGCAGAAGGGCUAUGUUCCAGACUUUGACACACACUGGUCUUUAAUAAGUAACUUGAGCAAUUCCAGCAAGAAAGACGAUAGCGUUCGCAACAGCAGUUUCCUGUCGAAUCUCCUUUCUGGUUUUGACUUUGCACAGAAGAACAGUAACUCCAAAACAGGUUGUACUUAAUCGCUCAUUCCGGGAGAUACACACUGUCCAUGGCAACUAGGAUCCAAUAAUCACUCAAGCUAUAUUCAGAUUGAUGUGUUUUGGAUUUCAAAUUGGCAGCAACAAAUUAUGGAUUGAAGAUUACGUUAAUAGGCUGUGAGACGAGACGAGGAAGAUCGAUGCAGCUUAUAUGGAUCUAUCUUUUCGUAAAACACAAAUGAGUUCUGGAGAUGGGUUUUUCCUUUCCUCUUUGGGUUUUCAGAUUGCAGGGUUUUCUUUUUCUUCUUCUGUUCGCUGUAAUUUAGAAUGAUGUCUGUGUUUGUCGUUUGAUAAAUAAUGAAUGGAAGAAGAAAUAAAUCUGCGGGCAAUGAGUAAUUUGUUUCAG